AUGACUCGUGUCCACUGCCUGGUCCAAAGACAUCUGCGCGCGCUGAUGUGUUGGGACUCAAAUUUGUCGCUUGUCCCACCCUCUCUCUCAUACCUCAAGAAAGAGGCUUUACUCGAUCGCUUCCCUGUUGGAACAGAGCUUCCUCUCCCUGAUUCUGACCCUGUAAUCUCGGUAACCGACUUUGAGAUCACUGGUUUUUGCAUGAAUCACGACCACUCUCCAGAAGUUGAAAAGGAAUUCAAACGCUGGGGCAUUCGUUGGCCCUCUUUUGACUAUGAGACCAAUUUGGACAACCAUAUUUGUGAAGAAUACUGUGAAGUCUCACUCAAGUCAGGCGCCAACCCCAUUUAUACGUCCAUCUUCCAGCCAAGGAACUAUACUAUGAUGGGAGAUGUCUUUGAAGUGAAGUUUGUGGCUGGGGAACUUUCAGUCAACGAGUUGCAUUUCACCAUACCUCAAUGGUGGUCCCGAAAAACAAUUUGUUUCAUGGAAACCAUCAAGAAACGGCUUGACUUUCAUGCUACCUCUCGUGAAGCUUUUCCUGGAGCCAGUUGUACUCCUAUCAAGUUCAUAGCCACCUCAGCAAUUCAUAACGAUUCUAUACUACCUACCAACCUUUCUGUACUUGGAAUGAAGCCCUCUAUGAUACCUGAACCUGAAUACAUGCGGUCAAUCUUCCCUGCCAAAGAAAGUGAAUUCAAUUGUUACCCCUUGGGUGGUGUUGUCAACAAUUACUAUGACAGUGACAAUGAGCUGUUGUCCGAUGAGCUUCUCAACAGCGAUCCCAAAUUAGUUCUUCCCACUCUGGCUGGCAAUCAACAAAAACUCGUGGAUCUGGAGACUCCCUUCCAAAAAGAGAUUUUGACUUUAAAGGAUGGCUCACAAAAGGCAGUCACUGCCUUUUCGGAUUUCUGUAAAGGCAUACUAGACCUUAUACCCAUGCGCUUGGAAGAUUUGCAAAAAGCAAAGGAUGAUAUUAAUAACAUCAAUACUAAGCUUGUUGCAUUGGAAGGGAAGAUAGGGGGUGGUGACAGUACAAGGAUGUCAGCUGACAUCGGCCAAGAUUCAGAUUCCCUCCCAGCUGCCUCUGAUAUCUUUUGCUAA